UCGUGCGCACACUAUAAACCGCACAAGUUAUUUUUGCAGAGAAGUGACGGUUCGUUUUCGGGCGUUUGAGACUGCAAGCAGUUAGCAGACGCGAAGAAUGAGUCGAAGACUUCUACUGGUGGCUCUGCUGGGCCUUCUCUGCGCUGCUGGAGUGCAGUGUGAGGAGGGAGGGGAUGUGGAGGUGGAGACAGGAGGAGGAGAGGAGGGGGAUCUCCCGGCAGUGGACGAAGACCUAGGAGCCAGCAGGGAAGGGUCCAGAACUGAUGACGAGGCUGUUGAGAGAGAAGAAGAAGCCAUUAAACUAGACGGACUAAGUGUGGCGGAGAUGAAACAGCUGCGCGAUUCCGCUGAGAAAUUUGUCUUCCAGGCGGAGGUCAACCGCAUGAUGAAACUCAUCAUAAACUCACUCUAUCGCAACAAAGAGAUAUUCCUGCGAGAGCUGAUAUCGAAUGCGUCAGACGCCCUGGACAAGAUACGGUUCAUGUCGCUGACGGACAAGUCAGCGCUGAGUGCGACGGAGGAAAUGAGUAUAAAGAUCAAGGCCGACAAGGAGAACAAUAUGCUGCACAUCACUGACACUGGUAUCGGGAUGACCAAGAGAGAGCUGGAACAGAACCUGGGCACCAUCGCUAAAUCCGGGACGACCGAGUUCUUUGAGAAGUUGGACGAAGUCACGGCAGCAGCUGGGGAGGGCGCGGCCUCCGAUCUGAUUGGCCAGUUUGGUGUGGGAUUUUACUCUUCAUUUCUGGUUGCUGACACGGUGGUAGUGACGUCGAAACACAACAAGGACAAGCAGUAUAUCUGGGAGAGUGACGCCAGCGAGUUUACCAUCGCGGAGGACCCGCGUGGGGACACCCUCCUCCGAGGGACGACCGUCUCCCUCGUCUUGAAGGAGGAGGCAAUGGAGUUUCUCGAGCCGCACACUCUCAAGAACCUGGUCCAGAAGUACUCGCAGUUCAUCAACUUCCCCAUCUACCUUUGGGAGAGCAAGACUGAGACAGUGGACGAGCCAAUUGAAGAUGAGGAGGGGGAGGAGGAGGAGGGAUCGAGUAAAGAGGAGGAGAGUGGGGAGGAGGGGGAAGAUGACACGGUGGUCGAGGACGAGGCCAGCGUGGAAGAGGAGGAGGGGGAGGAAGAGGAGAAGCCAAAGACGAGAAAGGUGGAGAAGACGACGUGGGACUGGGUCCAGGUCAACAACACCAAACCCAUCUGGCUGCGCACCACCAAGGAAGUUGAGGAUGAAGAGUACGCGGAAUUUUACAAGGCCUUCACGAAGGACUCGCAAUAUCCUCUGGCAAAGACCCACUUUGUCGCCGAGGGGGAGGUCACCUUCCGAUCCAUCCUCUUUGUCCCUCCCGUGGCCCCUCCAGACAUGUUCACCAGCUACACCAAAUCAUCCAGCAACAUCAAACUGUAUGUUCGCCGCGUUUUCAUCACCGACGAUUUCGAAGACAUGCUCCCUCACUAUCUCAACUUCCUCCGUGGAGUGGUUGAUUCGGAUGACCUUCCUCUGAAUGUAUCGCGAGAAACAUUGCAGCAACACAAGCUCCUAAAGGUGAUCAAGAAGAAGCUGGUGAGGAAGGCUCUGGACAUGUUCAAGAAGAUGGAUGUGGAAGACUACAAGAAGUUCUGGGAGCAGUUCAGUACCAACAUCAAACUUGGGGUCAUGGAGGACACCUCUAACAAAACAAGACUAGCCAAACUACUCAGGUUCCAGUCCAGCAACGAAGAGUCGGAGCUAACAAGUCUGGAGAUGUAUAUGGAGAGGAUGAAGGAGAAGCAAGACCACAUCUACUUCAUGGCAGCUCCCAACAGGGUCGAGGCUGAGGCCAGCCCCUUCGUGGAGAGACUACUCCGGAAGGGCUACGAGGUGCUGUACCUGGUGGACCCGGUCGACGAAUACGCUCUCCAGAACCUCCCCGAGUUCGAGGGGAAGAAAUUCCAGAACGUGGCUAAGGAGGGACUCCAGUUUGGCGACGAGGGAGAGAGGGAGAAGGAGCAGAUGGAGGAGAUGGAGGUGCUCUACAAACCGCUCACUGACUGGCUGAAAGACGAGGCCCUCUCGGAGCACAUCGACAAGGCCGUGGUAUCAAACCGCCUGUCAGACUCCCCCUGUGCUCUGGUGGCCAGCCAGUACGGAUGGUCCGGUAACAUGGAGAGGAUCAUGCGGGCUCAGGCCUAUGCACAGGGAAAAGAGGGAGAAUUCUACUCGACACAGAAGAAGACGAUGGAAAUUAACCCUCGUCACCCUCUCAUCAAGGAGCUCCAGCGACGCGUCUCCGAGGAGGAGGUGGACUCGACGACCUCUGACCUCGCCCAGGUCCUGUACGAGACGGCUCUCCUGAGGUCAGGGUACGUGCUGAAGGACUCGAGCGAUUUUGCCGGCAGAAUUGAGAGGAUGAUGAGACUAAGUCUUGGGGUCGACCUGACUGCACCUGUGGAGGAAGAAGAAUUCUUUGAAGAAGAAGAGGAAGAGGAAGAAGAAGAAGAAAUAGGUGACGAAGAAGAGGAGGAGGAGGGAAUGGAAGAGGGGGUAGAGGAAGAGGGAGGGGAGGCGGAAGAAGACACGGUGCCACCGCCGUUAGAAGAAGAAGAAGGGGAGAGUGAAACUGUUAAAGACGAACUGUAGCCCCUCCCACUCAUUACAUCAUCAUUAAUCAAUACUGAUAGACAUUUGAGCUGUCCACACCUUUUAUUGAUUAUUAUAGGAGACGCUUUUUAGUGUAAAAUAUAAUUUUUGGUGGAGAAAAAGCUGUUUGCAUGAUGUACAGUCCAUCUCGUAUGACAGUCCAAGGGUGUGGCAAAAUUGGACCAUGCAAAAUAUUAGGUUAGUAAUUGGUCUUGCUCUCAUAAAUAUAAUAUAGGAGUCACAAUUUGCAUUGGUAUACAAACAAUAACUUUUGUCACAGCUAGAAAAUUAAUGUUUAGUUUCAAACAUCAGUUGUCUUCUUUCUUCGGUUUGACGCUCAAGACUUCCACGAUCUUUUGUAUCCCACCGUCUCCAACUCCGUUCAUCGUCACCAGCUUCCCCUCGAAGGUCACACUACUCAUCGACGAACGGGCCUUCGACAGGUUCGGGAGACGGUGAAAUCUCUUCCCCCGGGGGGCGAUGCACUCCACGGUGCUCAUGGCCUGCAAUUGCUGCCCCCCUAGCCCCCCAGCCACCACCAAACGACCCCCGAUGACAGCGUACGAUGCGUCCGAGCGAAUCUCCAACAUGUCUUUGAGUCUCGUCCACUUGUUAUCAGUGAUGCUGUACUUCUCCGCAAUCUUGCAGAUUCCGACCAUGGGGACCAGACCCCCGAGGGCAAAGAUUUCGUCUUCGACCCCCAUGACCGAGUAGAAUACCCGUAUGGAGGGUAUGGGGGCCAGUUUUUCCCACUGCUGGGUCUCCGUGUCGUAAACCUCCAACGAUUUAAUGGGGGUCUGCCCGUCACGACCCCCCACAAUAUAAAUUUUGGUCCCCCUCCUGUAACCCCCGCAGGCGUAGCAAGGAGUCGGUUUGGGCGGGGUGGGGUUCCAUACUUUCUCGUCUACGUCCAAGAACACGGAUUGGUUGCAGGCCGGCUCCUUUUUGUUAGUACCGGCGAUGACGUAUAUUCGCUCUUCCAUCAGCUGUAUGAACGGACCCACGACACCUAUCGGUAAAGGCGGGAAAGACUCGUCCCAUUCUCGCCGCUCUAUGUCGAAGACGUCUACCGCGUCUUGCGGCCGCUGGUUUUCCUUGACGCCGCCGAUGAGGUAGAUCUUGUUGCCGUGGACUACGGCCGUGGUGCAGGCGGCUCGUCUGUGCGGUAUGUUGGGGAGAGGCGCCCACUCGCGCAUCGUGAAGUCGUAGACUUCGGCUAGGUCCGUUGCCACCCCUUCCUUGUCGCAUCCAGCUAGUACGUAGAGUUUUCCCUUGAUGAUAGGCGCCCGUAGUGUAGCAGCGAGGAUGCAACAUGUCGGGCAGUCGCUCCCAACUGUAACUGUCCACCUCUGCCACUUCAGGCCGCCCGGAAGCCAUCUCCUACUGUGCGUGUCUUGUCGUCUCUGCGAGCGCGAGGUUUAGUCUAUUU